GGAGGUUUCCGUGACUUUGGAGGUUACGAGCAGACAAAAGUCUCUGGCGUUGACGACUUAGUAUCAGUGUAAUUUGGUUACACGAUAUGAGAGCAGACAGCGAACUAGUGGGAUUAUCGGGUGCAGAGAGCCGAGUGAGCAGCCCUUUCCUGAUUACUGUCAGUUUGAGUCGGUCUGCAAACACUCGGCGAACAUAAUACAUGCGAAGAUAUCACGAGUGGCAGCUCUGGCUGAGCGUCGCUGGCUCGCAGCUGCAGGCCGGACCCGCUAGACCAAGAUGAAAAUGCGCUUGACGUCGCAGUACCUGAGGCGCCUCGUGCUGCUCGGCGGCCUGCUGCUCGUCGUCUUCUGCGGCGUCCAGCUGCUCAGGUCGGACGGCGGCUACAACGAGGCGGCCGACUCGAAUCUGGACAAGCUCAUGCGAAUCUCGCAGUCGAUCAAGAGCUUCAACCAAGAGGCGCGCUACGUUGGAAACGGGGUUCCCGCCUGCAAGUUUCCCGAGCUGGACAUCAACAACUCCGAGAUACUGAAGUUCAUCCACGAGGUGCCAGCGUUGCAGUGCGCACCGGAGGACUGGGUGAAGGCCGACGGUCCCCGGCUGUACGUCGACGAGAAGGCAAAGCAGCGCUUCGGGCCGAUAACCUGCGCGUUCAGCGAGAUCCUGCGGGUGGACGACUUCAGCAGCGAGCUGGCCGGCAGCGUGGAGAGCGACCAGUCGUACGUGUUGCGCCAGAGCGACUAUGCGGACGUGAAGUGCGAGUCGCGCACCGGCAAGCAGUGGCAUGGCGUGCUGGCUGCGGUGAGGGAGGAGCCGUCGCCGCGGCGCCAGUCCAGCUGGUCGGCGCUGCCCAGGUCGGCGCUGCCCCUGAACGUGCUCAUGUUCGGCUUCGACUCGCUCUCGCGCAACACCUUCGAGCGCAAGCUGCCCAGGUCGUAUGCGUUCCUGCGCCAGGCGCUAGGCGGCCUGGUGCUCGAGGGCUACAACAUCGUGGGCGACGGUACGCCCCAGGCCCUCAUCCCCAUCCUCACGGGCAAGAUCGAGCUCGAGCUGCCGGACGCGCGCAAGCGCAUGGCCGACAAGGCCAGCUACGUGGACGUCUACCCGCUGGUCUGGAAGGACUACAAGGCCGCCAACUACUUGACCGGUUUCAUGGAGGACGUGCCCCACAUCGGCACCUUCACCUACCGCCUCAAGGGCUUCCAGCGCCAGCCCACGGAUCACUACAUGCGCACCUACUACCUCGCUGCCGCGCCCUACUUCAAGUACUCCAAGCCCUUCUGCAUGGGCGGCCUGCCCAGGCACGCGCUCAUGCUCGACCACAUCCGGGCCAUAUUCGACGAGUACAGGCAUAAGCCCAAGUUCAUCUUUGGCUUUCACGGCGAGCUGUCCCACGACUCUUACAAUGACAUCGGCGUGGCCGACGACGACCUGCUCCGCUGGAUGAAGCAAUUGAAGGAUUCCGGGCACCUCAACAACACCAUUCUCAUCGUCAUGAGCGAUCACGGCCACAGGUUCGCCGACAUUAGGAAUACGCUCCAGGGCAAGCAAGAGGAAAGGCUGCCUUUCUUCUCCUUCACCUUUCCGCCCUGGUUCAAGCAGGUUUAUCCCCAGGCCUACGCCAAUUUCCUCUUUAAUACGCAGCAUCUCACGACGCCCUUCGACAUUCACGCCACUCUCAAGCACAUUUUGAACUUUGAAAAGCCCAAAGAGGCUGACCUCAGUAACAGGGCCAUCAGCUUAUUCGACAAGAUUCCCAUCGAGAGAACCUGUGCGGAUGCUUUCAUUGAGCCGCACUGGUGUGCCUGCUUAACCUGGCAAGAAAUUUCCGUCGAUCAACCAAUCGUACAACGAGCUGCCAAAUUUUUCGUCGAGUUCCUCAAUUUCUAUACAGGAGAACAUCGGGACAUAUGUCAGAAACUUCAUGUCGGCCAAGUUAUGUGGGCAUCUAAAUUGAUUCCUACCAAAGGUCUUCUCCAUUUUGAAAGAUCUCGCGAUGCUGAUGGAUUUGUUGCUGCAUUAAAUGCGAAAACUCAACUCACAACUGAAAUAUAUCAAUUGAAGAUCAAAACUUUACCAGGAAAUGGUCUCUUUGAAGCUAGUAUUUCACAUGAUGUUCAAAAAGAUAUUUUCUCUACAAAAAUUUCUGAUGUCAGCAGGAUAAAUAUGUACGGAUCUCAAGCAAGGUGCGUCGAACAUCAUUUGUUCCACUUGCGAAAAUAUUGUUACUGUAAAGAUUGAACAAGACGGUAAGUGGCGAUGUAAUCAACUUUCAAGCCAAGAAAAGUAAUGUGAUAUCGAAACCUAUUUUAUAACGUCAAUGGUACUCAAUUUUACGCGAAAAUAGUCAUAUCAACGAGUUCGUACACGAAGAUAAGAUUCAUAACUUAAAUAGUAACUGCAUAUUCUGCGAAUAGAACGUUUUUUUGUUUUUAUUUUUUUUAAAGUAUUUUGAACAUUAUUUUAAAAUAAACGCGACAUUCCAUAUCACAAAAGUUACACAGAAUCUAUGUUAAAUUUUAUUUAGUUUGGUAUUAACGACUCAAUCGAUACUACAUGGUGCUGAUUUGAAUGAUCUAACUUUUUUUACUGAUUUCUUCUAUUGUUUGCAUUUCGAAAGCGUUUGUGAUCAAACAGCAGUAAUUAAAUUUCAUAUUAAGUUUUAAACAAUCGAUAUUUUUAGAAUUUGCAACCAACGUUCAAUCUAAAUUCGAAAAAUCUUCGAAAAAAGAUUUAGAUGUUCCAUCUAUAUCUAUGUCUGAUCUAAUGCACACAAAUAUCAAUAAAAAAUUCGAUUUAUAUAGCAAUUGUGGUAAAAAUAGAUUCUUUUGGUGGAUUAAAAUAUUUUUUCAAUUAUAAAACAUUAAUUUUGUUGUAAAGUGGACUUAUAGUGGUUUAAUUUUGGAUUAUACAGGGUGUCCAAAAAGUUCCGGGACACCCCAGGUAGUCCUGAGAUAUAACUAUUGCCGAGGAGAUUAAGGUCAUUCCUGUAGUAACUUUGAACGAGGAAUCCAGUGGUGACCUUGGUUUUGACCUUGAGCUUGACCUUCAAGGUCAUUUCAAG